UCUGCCUCCCUUUGGAAAUCCCUAUUUGCACUGCUUAAUAGUUAACAACGUAUACUGAGUACAAACCUAGUACAUAAAUUACAGAAGAGAGAGGAUUGUAGCCUAUUUGUGCCAUAAGAUUCUUCUAAAGAUAUGAAAUGUGAAUAAUUUAUGAUAUAUAAAUGUAUAGAUCUAGGGCAGAAUACUCCAUUAUUGCAAAAUUCCUAUGUAUUUCUGGAUUGAUCUUCUAAUGUCUUCUAUGGGGACUGUUAGCAGAAGACUUGCAUAUCCCAAUGAAGUCCAUCAUCAACCUCUCCUUGUUACUGACUAGUCUUCAAGUCUGUUGUCAUCAUCUACCAGGACAUGAUGGUCACCAAGAUGAUCAUGAAGAUAACAAUCCACGUGAACAUCAGUACACUCUUUCAAGAGAACAGCAGGGACAGAAAUCUCCAGUCUAUCAUAAGAUAAUUCCCAGUAAUGCUGACUUUGCAUUCCGGUUCUACAGAAACAUUGUUUCAGAUCCAGAUGGCAAAAAUAUUUUCUUCUCUCCUCUCAGCAUCUCCACAGCUUUUAGUUUGUUGGCAUUAGGUGCCAAAUCUGAAACCCAUGAUGAGAUUUUUAAAGGACUUGCUUUUGAUCUGCUGGAAAUUGAGGAGAAGGAAAUCCAUGAAGGGUUCCACCAGCUCCUUUAUGUGCUUAACCAACCAAAUAACAAAGCACAGGUGAAUUUAGGGAAUGGUUUAUUUAUAGAACCAUCACAGAAGUUCCUGCCUGCUUUUUUGGAUGAUGCCAAAAACUUGUAUGGUGCCGAUGGUUUUUCUACCAACUUCAGCAACCCCAGUGUGGCUAAAAAGCAGAUUGAUUAUUAUGUGCAGAACAAAACGAAUGGGAAAAUAUCCUCUGCACUUAAUGAACUUGACCCGAAUGCUGUCAUGGUUCUUGUAAAUUACAUCUUCUUCAAAGCUUACUGGGAAAACCCUUUUGACACUCAAUCAAUCAAGGAAAGAGACUUCUUUGUGGACGCAAAUACUACGGUGAAAGUCAAAAUGAUGCAUCGAAAAGGCUACUACAAAUUUAUCCAUGAUGAAGAUCUUUUUUCCUGGGUAGUGGAACUUCCUUACAAAGGAGAUGCUACCGCAUUCUUCAUUCUUCCAGAUGAGGGUAAACUGGAGCAUGUGGAAGGUGCCUUGGCAAAAGAAAAUCUAAGCAAAUGGACACAAUCCUUUAGGCAUGAGAAUAUAGGUCUAGUCAUCCCAAAAUUUUCAGUUUCUGCAACUUAUGAUGUCAAAGACUUGAUGGAAAGAAUGGGCGUAACUGCUGUGUUUAAUGAUAAUGCUGAUCUGUCUGGAAUUACUGGAGAAAAGGACCUGGUGGUUUCAAAGGUUAUUCAUAAGGCUGUGUUGGAUGUUAAUGAGAGUGGCACAGAGGCAGCAGCUGUCACCACUAUGGAGCUUAGAUUCCGUUCUGCUCACCUUCCUCCUCCGCUUACCAUCAGUUACAACAGACCAUUCCUGGUGAUAAUUGUUCAUCUACCAACACAGAGUAUCCUCUUCAUUGGGAAGAUUCUGAACCCUACCAAAAAAUAAAUAGAAAAAUUUAGUAAAAACCUGUUCAGGUGACUUUAAAAGAUGGAUUUUCUCACUUGCAUUUUAAUUGUCCUAGCUCCAAAGUACUGCAAUGAGUUGUUUAAAAGGAAGAUGAAUUAGUCAAUAGCUGCAACAUUUUUUUUUAAUAAUAAAGAUUAAUUCAAAACUAA